GAGGGUUGGAGAAUUUCCUUAUAUUAACUGUUUUUCCAGGGAACCCUCAUCAAAUACUAAGAUAAAGGGAGUGAAUAUGGGUGAAGUGGGUUGAGUAGUAAGUCACUGGAUUUUGAUCUAUGUUCAAUACAAUACUGUCACAUCUGUCUUCCAUUUGUCAGGUAUGUGAGUCUGGUCUGUUUGUUCUUGCUGUGUGCCAGUCGUAACUGGCUCUGACUCUUAGUCAAACAGAGCAGUGAGUGCUGGUCAUUGCUCAGUCGUCAUCAGUUGCUAUUAGUGCAUAGGGAUAAGACCUUUGUUUAGUUUAAAGCGUCAUUCAUGGGGCUGGGGUUUUUUUUUUGUUUGUUUGUGUUUUACUCCUGAGCUUUGGUCAGAGUUGCUGGCUUUGUCACUGGCUAUAUAGUUCUGGGUGCCAGAAUCUCAUAACUUAAAACAUCUUUGUAUUGAGUUUGCUGGUCUAUGCUGAUGUUUAUUUCAUGGACUGGAUUAGCUGGAAUGCUACAGCCAGUGUGCCAGGCAACUAGAAUUUUGUUGGUAGGUUUGUUGUGUGUUAGGGUCAGCACCUGUCCCACCCUGCCCUUUGUGUCUCCUCCCUGUUUGACCAGUUGCUGGCCAUAAUGUCCUCCUCCUUUUCUCAUGCAUUUCAGUCCCAGUGUGUCUAAUCCAUAGUGUGUUCUAUUUGUUUCCCAAACUGCUGCAUAGCACAGUAGGUUGAGUGUGUGGCUUAGAGACUCUUAACCCUCUGGCCGUGGGCUGUUUAUUGGUUUUUUCUUUUCUGUUUUCCUGUUCACUUCUGUUCUUGCUUGUAUUAUUUGGUUCUGUAAAUUAUCCUGGUGUAGUAAUUCCCAGUGUGGUUUGUGUUUCAGAACUUCAGUGUUUGUUAGAAAUCCCUAGUUCUGUGCUUGUCAUUGUAACUCGCCCCACCUGUUGCUUGUUUAGUGUCUCCGCUGGUUGAAUAAUUAUCAUGUUCCACACCUGCCGUCUCGUUAGUUGGUUACCUGUUUCUAUUUAUGUGCCCGUGCCUUCUCUGUUCAUUAGUACGUCAGAAUGUGGUGUGUUCCUGCAUGUUGUAAGUGAUGUCCACAUGGUUUUUUGGUAAUGUUUUGUUUCUUUAAUAAAUCCCUUAUUGUCUUAGAGAGGCCAAGUGGAUCGUCACCAAAUGUGCCAUGUCCCGCCAUAACAGUUGUGGUUAUCUUGGUUUUGUGUUUAAACCCCAUUUCCGGUUUCCUUGGUCCUGGAUCCUGUUUUUCCAGUCUACUGUGCCUGAAUCUGCCUUUUGAAUCUUGGGUCAGUCCAGCUAGUCAGCAGCCUGUUUCGUUACCUGUUUCCUGCAGUGAGCUGCUUUUGAAGUCUCAUGGGCCAGUGGGCAAAAGACCUGACGUUAUGUAUGGUUUGGAGUACUCUGUUUUGGAGUCUUAUUGUGAAAGGCAUUGUAUUUUAACCAAGCACUUGUGACAGAUAAAUUGUUGGAACUGAUCUUGUUUGAAAGAUAUUAAACUGAUAAACAUUUUAAGUUUAUGUCUAAACUCAUUCAUAUUAAUUAUUCUGAUUCAAGAAGUUUUCUCAUAUAGCCACUAUGCUAUGUGAAUAUAUUCCUCAUACGUAUUCACCAUCUUCAAACAGCACAACGGACAAAUUAACUUAAAUUAUUCAUAUUGACUAUUGAUUCAGUAUAAAAUUAAAUGCAUAACGUAUUGACUGAAAUAUUUAUGGUAACCAAUAUGAUACUAAAUUAUUUUGUUAAUGAGCUUGAACAAAACCUUCGUGGUUUUCUAUUAAUUGUCUGUACAGUCAAUUUUGCUAAUGUGAUUGCUUUAGUGUAACUUCAAGUCGGUAAUAUCUUGUUCUCAUGAUACCGCAUACUCUUUUUCUGGUAAAACUGGUUACGCGUCUUGUCGUUCAUCUUCACCCGACUUCCUCGUAUCUUUAUCACAUAAAGGCAGCGCCAGUGCACUGAACGGUGAAUGAACUCGAAUGCUAAGGUCAGCUGAUUCAACGCCGAUUGGCUCGUAUGCUUCGCAAACUCAGAAAUGAGCCAAUCGCCUUCGAGCGAAUUAAACGAUUAUUGUAAAAACAUAUCUCAGUCAUGUAAAUGCUUCAGUGAACUAAGUUAAUGACCAGACGAAAGAAGAAACAAAACGUGAUGGAGGGACAGAUGUAUGAAGAGUCCAUGAAAAUCGCUAAAGAUGCUUUCCGUCGCUUCCCUCUGAAGAAUGUCGGGGGAGUUCCGCUAAUGGAAGCCAUUGUCCAAAAUUGGGAAUCAGUCUGCACCUUUUGCCCUGAUCCCUCAGAUCUUCUCAUGGCUGCUUAUCCCAAAGCUGGAAUUACAUGGACCCAGGAGAUUGUGGACCUGUUGCUGCACGACGGAGAUGCGAUGGCGUGCCGGCGAGCCCCCACCAUCCUGCGGCACCCCUUUCUUGAGAUCUUCUCCCCACCCCCAAUUCCCUCUGGUCUGGACCUCCUCAAUAAAAUGGAUCCCCCUAGAGUAAUCAAGACCCAUCUCCCAAUCCAACUGGUACCGGAAGGAUUUUGGAAAAACAAAUGCAAGGUGAUUUAUGUGGCCCGAAACGCUAAAGAUAACCUGGUGAGCUACUACUACUUUGACAGGAUGAACCUCACUCACCCUGACCCAGGUCCCUGGGACGGCUACAUCCACAAGUUUAUGAAAGGAGAGUUGGCCUGGGGCUCCUGGUAUGAUCAUGUGAAGGGUUACUGGGAAGAGAGACAGAAGAGGAAUAUACUCUAUUUAUUUUAUGAAGACAUGAAAGAGAAUCCUCGCCGUGAGGUGGAACGCAUCAUGAAGUACUUGGAUCUGUCGCUUUCUGAUGAUGUCAUAAAGCGUGUUGUGGAGCUCACGUCAUUCAAGGUUAUGAAGGACAACCCAAUGGCUAACUAUACUUUUAUCACCAAGCCAAUCUUUGACCACUCCAUCUCUCCAUUUAUGAGGAAAGGUGAAGUGGGUGACUGGGCCAAUCAUUUCUCCCCAGACCAGCUGCAGUUAUUUGAAGAAGAUUAUGAAAGACAAAUGAAAAGCACAAACAUUCCUUUUAAGACCAAAACCAAAGUGGACUUCUAAUAUCUGGUGCAGUCCAGGGAAUCCUUGCAUACGUAUUUGCAAAAUGCAAGGAGCAAUGUACGUUUUUAAGGAAAAAAAAAACAGCUUUCUUUUUUAUUUUGUAAACUUGUACAGUACAUUCCAACGUAAUUAGCCGUCGUCAUGAACAUGUGAUAAACAUACAAAGUCAAACUCAUUAUCUCAGUAUAGAAGGUUUCAGAAGAAAGUCUUUGACGCCUUAUUAAAAUACUAAGAAAUCAGUAAAAUACUGAAAUCAGUGUUCUCUGAGGACACGAGGAGUACCCACAGACUAUAUCUACAUCACACUCUGAUGGGGCUCACAAUUUCACGAUAUCUUAUUGGGUUAUCAGUGCCCAAGGUCCUGAAGGGAAACCAGGCCAGAGCUCAUAUAGGCUCCUCACGUGUACAUCUCUCAAUUAGCACUUCAGCCUGACACAUUCACUCAGAACGAAAGUAGAAUGAGAACCAUGAGGUACAUUGUCUGUCAGUGUAGUCUUCAGAUGGCUGGAUGCAUCUCCUACCUUGACUUCAAAAACCUGUACUAUAAUGGAAAACCCAGCUAAUGACAAGAAUUUCUUAAAAGAUGUUUUAUAUAAAUGCUGUUACACCUGUGCAGAAAGUGCAGUUUUUAACUGAUGAUGAAGGAAAAGUUUGUAAUAAAAAUUAUAUUUCCUGAAUGCAA